AGCAGUACGCAAAUCUUGACCGUAUUUACUUCAACUGCGCAAUGGAGCCGGCUUACAAGCGUUACAAAGUUGACCCAGCGAUACCUAUUCCUAAACGUACGCUUCGACGACAUAAGCGAGCCAGGGAAGAUGCAAUAAUGCUAGAAUUCGGCCUUAUGCCUACUCCAAAUUCGCAAUGUUCUGGAACAGUGGAUGCUGACGAGGACAAAGAGACUGCAUUCCAGACGUCAACCACAACGAAUUCAGAGGUUUGUGAGAACGCACCGGAAAAUGUGAACAGCACCAGCUGUGUCAGUGACAGUGUUUGCUCAUCACCACUAGUCGCUCAUGAAGGUUCAUCGUUUGACAGUAAUUAUUCAUUCGCAGUAGAUUCCUCUACAGGUUCUGAAGAAGAUAAUUUAAGUGAUUCCAGCAUAGCCCCUAGCAGUACUUGUGAUUCAGAGGACACAACUGAACCACUCACUGAUCAGUCAGGAGAUGAAAUGGAAACAGCUAUUGAUGACAGCCAUCUAUCAGUCGACAUGGAUAAUGAACACUCUGCUGUGACCUUCAGUUUCAACGAUGAAGACGAAGGAAUGGCUCUUGAUGACACAGUUUUUGAAGAUGCUCAAAGUGAGGUGGGGAAUCGUCCAGUUCAACUUGAACAGCGGUAUGGUGAGAUGAGGGACACGCUGUGUGAUUGCACUGAAACAACUCAGGGAGAAACUUUGCUCGCAGUGUUAUCACUUGGCCUGAGACAUAGUCUUUCAUAUGCCGCUAUGACUGACAUUCUGCAAAUGAUUAAUGUCCUGUAUAAGAGGGAGGUUGUGCCAUCAUCUUACUAUUAUCUUUUGAAACAUGCAGAGCCUAGUCGAGUUCAUGAACAAAUGCAUCCUAUUUGCCCCGAGUGUGCUAACUACAUUGGAGAGGCAGCUACUGAAUCUGCUAUGCAAUGUGACUGUGGACAUGUUCUGCAGUCACCGUUGCGCUGUAAACAAUUUGUCAUGUCUCUGGGUAUGAAACAACAAAUCAAAGAUUUACUUGAAAAACCUGGUAUAUCGGAAGCUUUGAAUUAUCGUUUCACUAGGGUAAAAGCUGGUCCUGACACCAUUGAAGAUAUUUAUGAUGGUGCUUUGUACAAAAAUCUGAGCAGCGAUGGGGCGGUAUUGAGUUGUAGAAAUAAUCUAUCAUUUUCAUUUAACACUGAUGGGGUGAAAGUAGGAAAUUCCUCCACCCAGCAACUUUGGCCAAUAUACCUAAUGAUAAAUGAGUUGCCACCAAAAUUGAGGUCACGUCAUAUGUUACUAGUGGGGCUUUUUGUGGGCAAAGCAAAACCUAACAUGUUAGUGAUGCUGCAGCCAUUUGUAAAAGAAUCAAAUCAGCUGUCCAGAGAGGGGCUAGACUGGCAGAGAGAUGGUAUGAUAGUAAAUAGCAAGGUUAUUCCACUGUUUAGUGUGGUUGACACCCAGGCUCGGUACCCUAUGUUAAACCACAAACAGUUUUCAGGUUAUUCUGGCUGUACCUUCUGUGACAUGGAAGGGGAAUAUAUACGUGGAAGUGUCAGGUACACCAUGCUGGGGCUAGAAAGCAUUCCUACUGACCGAACUGAUGCUAUUUAUAGGGAUCAAAUGUUAAAAGGGUAUAGUAGGAGAAAUCAUCCAAACUCCAGAAAAAGACAUUACAAAGGAUGUAGAGGGCCAUCUGUUCUUAUGAAUCUUGAUUAUUUUGACUUAGGUUCAGGUAUGCCGCCAGACUCUAUGCAUUUUUUGAAAGGUGUUGUUAAUCAAAACCUUGAUCUUAUACUUGCCACUUUAGAUGAUGAUGAAAUUGAUAGAAUAUCAGAAAGAAUUUUGGGAUUACAUCCACCAUCUGUGCUGACAAGGACUCCAAGAAGCCUGAAGGAGAAAGAACAUUUCAAAGCAAAUGAACUUAGAGCUUUGCUGGUUAUUUAUGGACCAGUUGUAAUGCAUGGCAUUGUCGAAACUAAAAACCUAACUCAUUUUUGUCUUCUUUCCAGUGCAUUUUAUCUUCUAAUGCAAAAGCGAAUUACUCCCAGGCAAUUGGAAUAUGCUAGUAAAUUACUUGUCAUGUAUGUGACUUUAUAUGAGAAGUACUAUGGGGCACUCAAUAUGACUUACAAUGUUCAUUUACUUCUGCAUGUUGUGAAAUCUGUUUUUAAUCUUGGUCCUGUUUGGACCCAUACAUGUUACCCUUUUGAGGGGAAAAAUAGGUACCUUCUCCAAAUGUCUAAAAGUCCACUUGAAUUAGCCAAAGGUGUGGCACGUAGAUACUCAAUCUACAACAACCUUCCACGCUUAUGUGAUAAGUUUAAUGUGUCCGAUGAAACUCUAAACUUUUGCAAUCAAAUGUUUUUCCGACCUUUGAGGUGGGCUACAAGAUCUGAUGGGGUGGCGUUGGUCGGCCAGGGUAAAGAUUACCAAUUGUCUGAUGAGGAGGUUGCUGCUGUUUGGGACGGCCAGAGAAAGGUCUUCAUGGGAAAUGUGGCCAGAUUUCAGAAGUUUAUUCAUGAUGGGCUACGCUUCACUACAGUAGACUACAAAGCUGCUUUCAAAAGAGAUGAUAGUGGUGUUUACGUUUUAAGAGGUGGUAACAAUAAGUGUAAAAUCACCAACGUAGUUCUAGAUGAAAGGGACUCUACUGUCAUCAUAUUUGCACGAGAAAUGCUUCAAGACACUCGACCUAUUUGGAGUCUAAGUGGGUGUCAUUUGAAACACAUUACAAAAAUAAGAUGUGAAGGCAGAUUAUUAGCUCUUAGACCUAGUGAUGUUGGAGGUCAGUGCAUGUUUAUGACGACUGACAGAGGAAUGUAUGUUACAAAUGUGCCAUAUGGUUGCAGAGGCGAUUAACAUUUGUGGCUUUAACAAACAGGUUUUCUCAGGCCAAGCCAGGAAGUAUUCAUCAUGCAACGAGUUGGCAGUCAUUUGAUAUUUGUGUAUGCUAAUGUUGUAAUUGGCUGAGCGAUUAGCAAGGCCCCUUACUCCACUGACCAAAAAAGUUUCAUUCUGUUUGUUUGUUUGUUUGUCUGUCUGUCUGUAUGUCUUUAUGCACGAUAACUCAAGAAGGCAUUGAGUUAGCGACCUGGGAAUUUCAGGGUCGUUUUGUAUCAUGAAAAGACAGAUCAAGUUCGAAGAUGAGCAUUAUAGUUUAAUUAAAAUUGAAUAAGCACAAACCUUGCAUGUCUUUUGGAACUUUUAAAAAAAAAUGUAUGAUUUGAAAUUUAACUAUGCCAGCUUUCUGUUUUCCUCAGGUUUAACAUGUGUACCGUAAACAGACUGGGUGAGAUUUCUUACAGUUACAGCAAAGAGUGAACACUCAGUCUUUAUUGUGAACUAUGAUCCCUGUAAGAUGAAAUGAAGUGUACAUGAAAAAAAUGUAUCCGUACUGUUAUGUGAUAGCACAAUAAAAAUCUAUGUAUAGUAAGUGA